UAUAUAUUAAUAUUUAAGAAAUAUAAAUAUUUUUAAUAAGUUAAAAUAAAAUAAAUGCCCAUUAAAGAAGGUAAAGCUAAAUUAUGGUUUAAGACCAAAGAAGAAGAAAAAGAAUAUGAUGAUAGAAUGGUUGCCAACAUUGAAAUAAAAUCUUAAGAUUAUGAUGAUGAAAAUUUCUCCCCUGUAUUUAAUAGAAAAACUUAAGAAUUUUUCCUUUAACCAUCUGAAAGAUUAACAAAUGAUGUUUCAAAAAUAUUAAGACCUAUAUAAAAUCUUUCUUUUGAAUAAGUUAUGGAUAAAUACUAUUUAUAUAAGCGAAAUAACACAUAUUAUAGGGAUUGGCCAUUUGAAAAAUUCAUUGGAGGUUUUGGUAUAUCAUAUUUAAUAUUAAGAGAGUUGCCUUUAAGAAACUUUUAUGCAAGAGCAUUUGUUAUGUAUGUUUUUGCUGCUAAACUUUUAGAUCAUUUAGGAAAUCCAUUCCCUUAUAGUGGUUAUGGAAAUUUAGUCGCAUAAGAAAGUGACUGGCACCAUUGGGAUGUCAGAUGUUAUGACUAAGUCUGGAAAGCUUUAUAUUUGACCAGAAUUCCUACAGCCUAAAAUACAGUUCCUGAAGCUGUUAAAUGGUACGGUAGAUAGCCAGGACAUUUAAUUUCUUAAGAUCAUCACUGGAUGCCUCAUUUCUUUGCUUAAAAAACAUAAAAAUAUAGAGAAAUUUAAUGGGAUGGUACUAACAAUAUGCCUAUUAAUAGAUUGGCAGAUCCUAAACAUAAGGAUUCAUAUAUGAUUUAAUUCAGAUGAAGAAACAGAAAAAUUAUUAUUUUUUUAUUACUUUUUUUUUUAUUAUAAAAAAGAUUACAUAAAUAUAAAAAAAAAUUAAGGUAUAUUAGUUAAAUUUUAUUAUGUAUAAGCAAUAUCUAAAUAUAAUAAUUAAAUAAAAUAAAAUAUUCGAAAAUU